UCCUGUCGUUCAAAGGUCACUUCCCUGUGAAGCUCUUCUCCAAAUAGUCAGGUUCUUUUUUAACUUCACCUUAUUUCAGUGCCAGUGUGUCACAUUUCCUCAUUUACUCUUUAUUAAGAAUCGAUUUUAAGCCGAGACUUUAUCUUUGUGUCACGUGACCUUGUUGCGGUUUCUCUGGAACAAAUUGUUCUGAAUUAUUUUUAUUUCACGUGUGAACUUGCUUACGUUAGCUCUUCUUGUUCAGCUAGCCGCCAUUCAUUCUCUCCAGAUAAAGUGUAACAUUCUGUCUACUCAUCAUGGAUCAAGCAGCGCUCGCGACAGGAACACCAAAGGGCCCGUGGGGUUCUGUGGCGCCGGCCCCUCCGGCCUGUUGUCUGACUGAGGUGAUGAGCGAGCAGCUGGCCCGGCAGCUGGACGAAGAGAACAACGUCCUGCCUUCGCUCUCAGACCCUGCAGCUGAUCUGCCGUCGGAGGACGCCCCCGACACCGACAGUGACCUGAUGCUGGCCCAGAUGCUGCAGCUGCAGUUCGACCGCGAGUUUGACGAUCAGCUGCGCCGCGAGGAGAGGAAGUUCAACGGAGACAGCAAAGUGUCCAUCUCCUUUGAAAAUUACCGCAUGGUCCAUCCUUAUGAGGACAGCGACAGCUCGGAGGACGAGGUGGACUGGCAGGACACCAGACACGAUCCCUACAAAGCUGAGAAGCCACAGGCCACGCCCAGGAAGGGCUUCACAGGGAAGGGGAAGAACAUCACCACCAAACACGACGAGGAGACCUGCGGGCGCAAAAACACGGCGCGCAUGGACAACUUCGCCCCAGAGGUCCUGGUGGGAGACGGGCUGGGGAUGGACCUGAAGCUGUCCAACCAGGUGUUCAACUCCCUGAAGCAGCACUGCUACAGUGAGCAGCGCCGCAGCGCCCGGCUGCACGAGAAGAAGGAGCACUCCACCGCCGAGCAAGCCGUGGACCCCCGCACCCGACUGCUCAUGUACAAGAUGGUGAACGCCGGCGUGCUGGAAAACAUCAACGGCUGCAUCAGCACCGGCAAAGAGUCUGUGGUCUUCCACGCCGACGGAGGAAGUCUGGAGGAGCAGCCGGUUCCAGACGAGGUGGUUCUGAAGGUGUUCAAGACCACGCUGAACGAGUUCAAGAACCGAGACCGCUACAUCAAAGAUGACUACCGCUUCAAAGACCGCUUCAGCAAGCUCAACCCGCGCAAGAUCAUCCGGCUGUGGGCCGAGAAGGAGAUGCACAACCUGAGCAGAAUGAAGCGUGCAGAGAUCCCUUGUCCAGAGGUGGUGCUGCUAAAGAAACACAUCCUGGUGAUGUCGUUCAUCGGAAAAGACCAUGUCCCUGCUCCCAAACUCAAAGACGCCAUGUUGAGCCCAGAUGACAUGAAGGCCGCCUACCACCAGGUCCUGCAUCUCAUGCAGCAGAUGUAUCGGGAGUGUCACCUGGUCCACGCUGACCUCAGCGAAUACAACAUUCUGUGGCACCAAGGAAAGGUGUGGCUGAUCGACGUCAGUCAGUCUGUGGAGCCGACCCACCCCCACGGCCUGGAGUUCCUCUUUCGAGACUGCAGGAAUGUUUCCACGUUCUUCCAGAAGAAAGGGGUGAGCGAGGCCUUUGGCGUCCAUGAGCUCUUCAACGCCGUGUCUGGGCUCAACAUUCCCAUCGGCGCCGAGGAUGAGUUCAUGGCACAGAUCGUGGCUCUGGAGAAGAGGAACGAGGACCACGUGCAGAAGCGGGGGAGGAAGACGUUCCCCGUGUCUUUGGAGGACGGCGGCCCCCCGUUAAAAGUCGAUGCCGACGACUAACGUGAAGCCGGUUCUCUGUGAGACCCGCCGUGUUGAAAGCUGUCUGGACUCCGGUGGAGGAAGACUCCUCCAGGACGUCCCACCUGCCCCACUAAACCCUCCCACCGCCUCGCUGAAAAGGCAGAUGGGGAGGGGUUUUUUCAGGUGCAGCUCGCAGUUUCCUUCUGCUUCUUCUGGUGUUUUUGUCCACGCCAGCAGAGCUCCACCCCCCGGUUCUGAGGACGCGUCUGCAGGAGGCUCAGAAGCUUCCAGUGGUUCUCCUCAGAGUUGAGUGGUGCUUUUGCUUGUUUGUGGGUCAGAGGCAACAAGGCCGAAAUAAAAUCCUGACAAUGGCA